AUGACGCAACACAGCGACGCGUCCAGUGACCGAUCUGAAGUAUCUGUGACACCGCCGCCCCCAGUUUCGAAAAUGUUAGAGUUUGCCAGUCAUCAAAAUUUAAGUUUUCUCAAUUUAGAGCACCGCAACAUGUUGGCCGCCCCAUUGGCGGCGCUCCAUUCUAUGACCGAAAUGAAACAUCAGUCGCAUAUAAGUUCCGAACACCUUCACAGUCAUCAUCAAGAAAAAGGUGAUACCGACAUCUUGCUAGACCGUACAAGUUUGCACGUAGAACGGUCUGGCUUGACGUCGUCGCGAAGUCCUUUGGGGGCGACUAGCAAUAGUAAUAGUUCCCAGGGAGCUAAUCCCCAUGGCAUCGAUCACAUUUUAUCCAGGCCGACACAAAUAACCACCGGUCCUUUACAUUUUCCUCAUAAUAUCAGUUUCACACAAAACCCUAUGGGAAUGGCAUCUAAUAGCGCUCACAGUGCGUCCAAUUCAGGAAUGAGAGGAUUCAACAUUGCCGCUGCUGCCUUUUUCCAUCACCACGCCACCAACUCCGUAAAUAAACCCCAAAUUGAACUCGGAAGAAGUGCCGGCGGUUUAUACUGGCCCGGAAUUCAAGGUCUGAAUGCUAUUUCUUGGCGGGAUCGACUUAAUAGUA